AAACAGCGCUUAUUUAAAAGAUUACGCUACAAUUACUUACGAAUGUUCAGUGGUCGAGUUUCUCACUGUUAAAAAUUAACGCCUAUUUCGCGCACAAAAAUACAAAAUGGGAGAGGGAUUUUUACGUGCUGAUAACACAAGCUACUUGUGACCUUUCAACAUAUGUGAACUGAAGAUUGAAAUGAUGACCACCUUCACUUUUCAACGAAUCUGUGUUUUUUGUUCAAUUUCCGUGAUUAUUUUCGGAACCAUACUUCUAUACAUUCAUGUCUAUUAUUCUGAAAGUAUACCUGCUUUUCUGUUAAAAUUCCCAUAUCGUAUAACGGACAUAGAAAAUUCUAUGCUUUCACAACGACCAGAAUGCCCCAGGGAUACUCCUAAUGCAGUUGGGCAUCUGGAUAUUUUGAAGACUGUACCUACCUGGUCGCAUUUAGUAGAACAGUACACAUCAUCAUCCCUUCAACCUAAGAUUGUUCUUUCACAAACUCGCCCUGAUACGUCCACUAACCUUACGAGAGUGGUGAUUCUCAAUAGCACUUCUAACGCUGAAAACAAUACACAUUCACUGGAGAAGUUUGUUGGAAUGUGGCGUCCAGUUGACUGUGAUCCAACUGAAAGACUAGCUAUCAUCGUGCCAUAUCGAAAUCGGGACUCCCACUUGCGUAUGUUUUUAGAACAUAUGCAUUCAUUUCUACGGAAGCAAAGACUUAUGUAUACGAUAUUCGUUAUUAACCAAGAUGGUACAACUCGUUUCAAUCGUGCUCUCCUUUUAAACAUAGGAUUUAUUGAAUCUAUGCGAGUGGCUAAAUUUGACUGUUUUAUAUUUCAUGAUGUGGAUCUAUUACCUGAAGACGAUCGAAAUACCUACCGAUGUUCCAAUCAACCGAGACAUUUAUCAGUUGCUGUGGAUAAAUUCAGUUACCAUCUUCCUUAUCAACAGAUUUUUGGAGGUGCAGUAGCACUAACUCGAGAACAGUUUGUAAAGGUUGGUGGGUUUUCGAACUUGUAUUAUGGAUGGGGUGGCGAAGAUGAUGACUUAUAUGCUAGAGUUAUUAACGCCAAAUACAUAGUCGUACGGUAUCCUGAAGAAAUUGCGCGUUACAAAAUGAUCAGUCACAGCAGAGAUCCAAAUAAUCCAAUUAAUCCACAACGUCAAAAACUCCUAGAUACUGCUGCAUCUCGUUUCAAGACAGAUGGCUAUUGGAAUGCCAACUAUACACUGCUGGAAGCUCGUCCUGCCUACAAUGGUCUCUUCUAUUGGGUUUCAGUGAGUGUUAUCAAUUGAUCUGCCUACAGUGAAAUUCCCUGCUUUUUGCUUGCUAUUACAGUAAGUUUAAUUUACUUACUUCAUAAUCGUUGAUUCACAGCAAAAAUUAAGUGUUUCUAUUGAAUGAGGCGUUCAAAAUCUCACCAUGUGAAUUAUCCAGUACAAAAAUGCAAGAAGGUGUAUGUACCAUUCCAUUCUCUCUGUCUGUGAAGACCGUUUUCAUAAUUUAUAAACAUAAAGUCAAUCAACUGAAUAGUUUAAUGAACUAGUCAAUGAAAAAAAAUUAGGCGAAUUCCUCUUCAUUUUGGGUCACUGUUCAUACUUUAGUUGUCAUUUUUCUUGUCAAUAUUCUUAAGGAAACUAAGCGGAACUUCUCUUUUCCCUAUACUCUUAUUAUUGAGUAUCUAAUCUAAUCUUUUCUUAACGUAUUUUAACCCCUUCUGUUACACCCUAUGGUUGCAUUUUGCUGGGUGUUUUGUGUAUUCUAUGUAUGUAUUUGUUUUUUUCAUCUUUCCACUAUUAUCUUCUUGUUUGUUCCCUUUUAGUACUGCUGACAUUAAUGGAAUGCUCGAACAGAGGUUUCUAUUUGUGUCGGUUCUUUUGAAAUGUAUUUAACCUUCAAGUCUCUGUUUCUCAUUUCCAACAUAAAACCUCCGUCUUGUUUAUCAUUUGUGAUAACUGUAGCACUUUUCAUCUUUAAAAAAAGUCUUUAAGAAGUUACUUUUCCGCUGAAUUGGUAGAACUAAUUCCUAAAAGUACCAAUCAAUGUAGUAUCUCAGAAGUUAAGAUCUUUGCUGUUGUGAAGCUAUGUGCCAUUACUUUUUUCUGGCUAAUUCACAUAAAAAAUGUAUUUUUUUCUCUCCUGAGUUCCCUUAGUUUAUGAAAUUUCUAACCUUUCUUGACGGUAUUUUUGAUGAUUUCUUUAAAAUUUCCCUCUUUAUCUCUUCAUACAUACAUAUCAUGACAAGCGUUAAUUGAACUAAUUCUCCUGUUUGCAAUAUGGGUAAAGAGUUACACAGUGAAUUUAUAUAUUGUAUCAAUCUCUUUUCAUAGAUACCUGGUUACAUACAAUCUACAUUUGAUCUCUUUGUUAUCAGGUAAAAUCUUGUCGUAAACAGAAAAGAUGAUGAUUAUCCUUUCUUUCAGUAGUCCCUAAUUAGUCUGUUGUAUGUAUACAAAACUCAUCUUUCUACUCAGGAAUUCGAACACAUUUGUACUAUUUCUUUGUUGAUUCCCUGUUUGUAUUGUAUGUGGAUGAUGUUAACUUAUCCCUGAAUUUUCAAUUUUUUUUGAACAGAAUACUUGUUUCUGUUUUUUUUUUUACAAUGCUUUGCCAGAACUAGUAUUUUUUUAUGUAAUUGAGUAAACUAUGCC